AUGAAGACAUUCUCUGUAGUAAGUAUUAACCAUUGCAACAAACUCAAAGGACUUGAGGGUAGAUGUCCUCACAUUCGAAAAGUACCAAACCUGAAAGUAAAAUACAGAGAUUCGAGGAGAUAUGUAUUCUUCAGCUGCAAGCGAAAAUUUGCAUUGGUCGGUCAGCGUUUUGCUGAAUGCAACCGGGAUACUUGGUCCAAAGACCCUCCUAUGUGUGUCGCAAGUGGUUGCCGUCCAAUGCAAUUCAAUCAUAGUAUUCUUGAUGUUACAUACACUCAUCGUGGGGCGUUAGCCACCUUUCAGUGCAAACCCGGCUAUGCAAUGGAAAAAAAGGAGAACAGAGUAUUCUGUAACAGAUUUAAUUGGAAUAAACUGCCUCCAACAUGUUUAAAAACUGCAUUAGAAAAUCAUUGCAAUUUUGAAGAGGGAAGGUGUGGUUGGCUGCAAGACCACACAGAGGAGUUUGACUGGACAAGACAUUCACUGGAUACUGGCACCAAGUACACAGGACCUUCAAGUGACCACACAUAUGGAGAUUUAGGAAAAGGUUACUACAUGUACAUGGAAGCCUCUAAUCGGAAAUUCGACAGCAAAGCGAGACUAUUGUCUCCUUUAUUUGUAGGAACCAACUCUACAAUGUGUUUUGAAUUUUGGUACCACAUGUGGUGCCAAGGAACAAACGAACCUGGUUUUCUACAGAUGUAUUUGCGUCCAGUAAGUAAAUACUUGAAUGAAUCCAAUAUUCUGUUUAAUGAGACUGGUGAUCAUGGAAAUAAGUGGCACCAGGUAAAGAUUCAACUGGAAAACAUAACAGAAUCGUUUCAGAUUGUGAUACAAGGGGUACGCAAAAAGAAUUACCAAAACGACAUUGCAAUUGAUGACAUUCGACUGUGGCGUGUUGGUUGCAAUGAUACUUCAAAGGAAUGGAUUCCAAGUUCAACUAAAACUCAAAAAAUUUCAACAUCUACAAGUGCCUCAUAUUCCGCAACUACUUCCGUUAUCCGUCCAUCUUCAUCCUUUUCUCCAGACAAGCUUACUACGUCAGAUGUAGAAAAUAAUUCUGGUAGAUCAGAAUUUAUCUCAAAAUUAAAAGAACCUGUUUCAAAGGCAACAGAUGGAGUAACAGCAUCUAGUGAGGCGAAAAUGUCCAUUGAAAUAAAAACGAUAGCAAGUGUAACAAGCAAUGGACACGGUUCUAGUAACACAAUUGGCGAAAUUAAUUCAGCACCUUCUCAAAAGGAUUCUUUUAAAGAGAAAGCUAAAGAAAAUUACACACCUCUAGCAAUUGGCAUUACAGUGGCUUUGUUGUUGGGAGUUUGUGUGAUAUUCUUCAUCGUUUGGUUAUGGGCGUGGAACCAGGACAAAAAGCGAGCCGAGGCCGAAAAUGAAGAAGAGACACAUCCAAUUACAAAUGCAGCUUCCAACACCAGUCUUCAAAAUGCUCUGUGACGUUUUUGUUUACUCUGUUUUUCUGUGUGAAGAAGAUAUUGUAAAAACACUUCUGUUGAUGCAGCAAAGCAUAAAUUCAGUUGGUGCAACGGUUGCAUGUAAUCUUUCCUGCAUGUUAUCUCUCUCUCUCUCUAUAUGUUGUCAUAAAGAUAUUGGGUCAUCCCAUAAAUAAUGUGAUUUUUUUUUCAAUUGCAUGAACUAAAAGUCAGAGGGGGGCGAGAUAAACUAUCUGCAUCAACAUGCUAUAAA